AUGAUGAGAAAAAUGCGCACUCGUCACUUCCAUGCUCUCUUCAACGUUCUCACUGAAAAAUUCAUAAACCAAACUAUCACAACUUUUGUUCGUGCUGCUUUUAAAGCGGUAAAAUCAGGUGAGCAUCCAGCGUUACCGCCUUGUCCACAAGGAUGUGAGAAGUCAGCAGGAUAUUUGAUACUUUGGACAUCAAUAUCAGCUUCACUGGUUGUGAUCUUCACGUUUAUGAAGAUGAUAGGGUCAGUCGUUUUGGACUGGAGAGAUUCGCAGUAUGCUGUAGAACAAGAAAUGAAAGCAAUCCAAACAUUGAAAGAGAAAUAA